AUGAAGGUGGGGAGGCAGAACGGGAAGACGGAGAGAGGAGAGGAGUGUGUGUAUGGCUGCCCUCUGGCCAAGAAGAGAAAGAGUCUAGACAGACAAACCCUGGAAACCUCCCCCAAGAGGAGCACCUACCUAGACGACAUGGACAACUCCACGAUGGAGGAGUGCUACGAGACCGACGGGACCGAAGAGAUGGACGAUCGGGAGGAAGAGGAGGAGGAAGGAGCCGUGGAGGAGGAGGAGGAAGAGGGAGAAGUGGAGGAGGAAGAGGAGGAGGUGGAAGGCUACAUGGACUACAACAUGGAGCAAAUGGAGCACGAAGAUGGGGAGGUGGAGAGAGGCGAUGCAGAGGGGGAGGAGGAGGACGAGGAGGAAGAAGAGGAUGUAGAGGUGGAGCAGGAGGAGGAGGAGGAGGGUGAUGAUGAGAGGGUGGACGAGGCGGAGGAGGAGGAGGAGGAGGAGGAAGCGGUAGAGGAAGUGGACUAUGAAGAGGGAGAGGAGGAGGAAGGAGAGCAGGGUCAAGGGCAAGAGGACGAUCAGAUGAGCAACGGCGAGGGGGGCGAGGGCGAUGGUGGUGGAGGUGGCGGUAGCAAUGCCAAAUCUGGCCUGACGACUGAGAAGGACAACAACAACAAUGACGAGUAUGAAAACUAUGACGAACUUGUGGCCAAGUCCCUCCUAAACCUGGGCAAGAUCGCAGAAGACGCCGCCAACCGAGCCAUGACAGAAUCUGAGAUGAACAGCAACUCCUCAAACAGUGCUGAGGAAGAAGAGGAGGAGGAGGACGAGGAAGAGGAGGAGGAGGAGGAGGAGGAAGAGGAAGAGGAGGAGGAAGAGGAGGAAGAAGAAGAGGGGGAAGGCGAUGAAACGCAGAGGGGUGAUCUCAGUUUGGACGUUGACAGUGACGUGGUUCGGGAGACUGUGGACUCCCUUAAACUGCUGGCACAAGGUCACGGUGCGGUGCUGUCUGACAAUUUAGACGGACAGGAGUUUGAGGAUGGUAGGGCUGAGAACGGGGACGAGACUGACUGUACCCACAAUGGGGGAAAUGCACACAAUGGUGGUAAUGGACAAGUUAAGACCACCAGUAAUGGACAAAUAGAUAACAGCGACGAGGAAGUGUGUUUAAGCAGUCUGGAGUGCCUACGAAACCAAUGCUUCGACCUGGCUCGGAAACUAAGCGAAACAAAGUCCGCUGACCGAAAUGGACCAUCCCAGCAAAAUCAUUUCUCGUGCGGAGAUCCCAAUCAACAGCCCCAGCAUCAUGGCUAUGGGGAUUUCCACCAUAGCCAAGACGACAGGCGGACGCUUGAUAGGAACUAUUCCGACAUGGACAAUCUCAUGAAGCUGGAGGAGCAGCUGAGCCCGCGCUCCAAAGCUUUCUCCAGUUGCGCGCAGGAUGACCGGUAUCACACCAACCACCGAGACUUUGACGAGGACACCGCCUCAGUGACAUCAGACCGAUCUGAAGAAGUGUUUGACAUGACAAAGGGUAACCUGUCCCUCCUGGAGAAGGCCAUUGCACUAGAGUCAGAACGCGCCAAGGCGAUGCGAGAUAAAAUGGCAGCCGAGGCUGCCAGGAGAGAUGGGGUGAGGUAUAGCCAUGAAGACCACGGCCCGCGGCACGGCUAUGGUGUUGAGCGUAAAGCCCGUCUUCCUGAUGGUAUGAAGAAGCCUUUCUACCAUAAAGACGCUUCACGUGCGGACAAGAAGGAAAGCCGGUGUCCGACACCGGGCUGUGAUGGCACGGGUCACGUGACCGGCCUGUACCCGCACCACAGGAGCCUUUCCGGCUGUCCGCACAAAGACCGGGUGCCACCAGAAAUUGUGGCAAUGUAUGAGAAUGUUCUUAAGUGUCCUACGCCUGGCUGCACGGGACGCGGCCAUGUCAAUAGCAACAGAAACUCCCACAGAAGUCUGUCAGGAUGUCCCAUCGCUGCAGCCGAGAAGCUGGCCAAAGCCCAGGAGAAGCACCAGAGCUGUGACGGCCCCAAGUCCAACCAGGCCUCUGACCGAGUCUUAAGGCCUAUGUGCUUUGUCAAACAACUGGACUAUCCACAGUAUGGUUACAAGAACAAUGUUUCCACCAGCACGCCCCGCUCCAACCUGGCCAAGGAGCUGGAGAAGUACUCCAAGACCAGCUUCGACUACAGCGCCUUCGACGGCAGCAACAGCCACCAAGUGUACGGGAAACGGGCCAUCGCACCCAAAGUUCACGGGCAACGGGACACCUCCCCGAAAGGAUAUGACGCGAAACGUUACUGCAAGAACUCCAGCUCGGCCAGCAGCACCACCAGCACCUACGCUCCCAGCAGCAGCAGCAGCAGCCUGAGCUGUGGAGGUGGAGGAGGGGGCGCGGGACGAGGCGGCGGGGGCGGGGGCAGCAGCGCCAGCAGCACCUGCAGCAAGAGCAGCUUCGACUACAGUCACGACAUGGAGGCAGCCCACAUGGCGGCCACGGCCAUCCUCAACCUGUCCACGCGUUGCAGGGAGAUGCCCCACGGCAUGGCGGGGAAGCCCCAGGACCUGUGCUCGCAGAGUCCCGGUCUAGAUGUUGAUGAGAACGGUACGUUGGACCUGAGUAUGAGCAAGCGUCUGUGCAGCGGUGGUGGUGGAGGUGGUGGUGGUGGUGGAGGAGGAGGGGACUCUGUGCUCACCCCUCUAGAGCCCAUGUCCCCCCAGAGGCAAGCUGCCCUGCUGGGCUCCCGCUGCUACGGCAUGGGGGAUGCCGCUGACUGCUGGGACCUGCCAGUAGACUACACCAAGAUCAAACACAUAGAUGAGGACGAGAAAGAGCCGGACGACCUGGAUCCGUUCCACGACCUGCUGGAGGACCGCUCCUACACCACGGAUGUGAACAUGCCCAGCCCCAAGCCCAAGUAUAUCCAGUGCAAGGAGAGUAAGAAGGACCUGAUAACCCUCUCAGGUUGCCCUUUAGCUGAUAAAAGCAUUCGAAGUAUGCUGGCCAACAACGCACAAGAGCUCAAGUGCCCGACACCAGGGUGCGAUGGUUCGGGACAUAUCACUGGCAACUACGCCUCACACAGAAGUCUCUCAGGGUGUCCGCGGGCCAGGAAAAGUGGGAUAAAGAUCAUCCACAGUAAAGAGAACAAGGAGGACCAGGAGCCUAUCAGGUGUCCAGUCCCAGGUUGUGACGGUCAGGGACACGUGACAGGGAAGUACGCCUCCCACAGAAGUGCAUCCGGGUGCCCCAUAGCAGCCAAGAGACAAAAGGAUGGCUACCUAAACGGCAUUCAGUUCACAUGGAAGUCUGGCAAGACGGAGGGCAUGUCCUGCCCCACGCCGGGCUGUGACGGCUCGGGUCACGUCAGCGGCAGCUUCCUGACGCAUCGGAGUCUGUCGGGUUGUCCGCGUGCCACCUCCGCCAUGAGGAAAGCCAGGCUCUCCGGAGUGGAAAUGCUAACAAUAAAGCAGCAACGUGCCAGUAAUGGGCUGGAGCACGAAGAGGAGAUCAAACAGCUGGAUGAGGAAAUCAAAGAUUUAAGUGAUUCUAAUUCACAAGUGGAAGCAGACAUGAUCAAACUCAGAACACAGAUCACAACAAUGGAGUCCAACCUGAAGUCCAUAGAGGAGGAAAACAAGAAACCACUGGCACACAAAGAGCCUCCUCUAAGGAAUAACAGCUGCUUACAGUUGCACCAGCAAGAGCCAAUAAGCGAGCAGAACUUUGACGCCUAUGUGACCACUCUAACGGAUAUGUACACAAAUCAAGACCAGUACCAGAGCCCAGAAAACAAAGCCCUGUUGGAAAACAUCAAGCAAGCUGUUCAAGGGAUCCAAGUGUAACCAUUCAGUACAGGGAGAUUUUUGUUCCCCCAGCAGGUGUGGGUGGUGUAUAAAAUCCACAUACAAACAGGCAGUAACGGUUUGAUCUCCUCAGUGCGGUGCAGUAACUUAUAUAGUGCUAUAUAUUCUCAAUUCUGUUCUCUCAAAAAAAGAGGUAUAAUGCUUAGAAAGACCUCGAGAUAAUUUCUUUCUGUCUUUCUUUUCUUUUUGGGUCUUGCUUUGAGGAAGAACAUAAAAGAGUAAACUGCAAAAUAGUUUUUGAGGACAUUCACAUUUUGUACGUUUUCAUAUGAGCUGACAUAGUGUCAUGUAAUGUUUCUAGCUGCUCAUGUAUGCACAUUUUUAGUGUAUAUUUCUGAACAGUAAGCUAAUGAUAACGGAACGUGAGUUCCUUUUAUUGUUUGACAACAAAGCAUUUUAGAUGAAAAAACUGGAUAGUGAAAUAAAAAUGAAAAAACUAAGAGCAAGGAGGAAGCUAGUUAUUUUUCUCCUCACUGGGUGAUUUUGGACUUGAUGAUUUUAGAUGUUUUCUUCUUCUUCUUCUUCCUCUUCCUCUUCUUCUUUUUCUUCUUCU